AAUUGUACUCCUAUGGCUGCUUUGCACCUUUUCGUAACCAGUGUCACAGCUGAACAGAGUUUCGCCGGGCCCAAUAAAAUUCCUUCUCUGACCUCCUCAACUGAGAUAGCUGGACAGACCGUUUUCCUACAUUAGAGACAGCCUUCAUUACUGGGAUAGCAAAUAAGCAAAAUCACUGGAAUUGGUGCCGACGCUAAACGGUGUGAUAUGUAUACAUGAACUUGAACUUGGCUUGUAGUGCCAACAGUGUCGUAGGAGGAUGAAUGCAGAGGAGGUGGAGCUACUCAGUGACUCCAAGUACAGGAACUAUGUGGCAGCGGUGGACAAGGCCUUGAAGAACUUUGAGUACUCUAGCGAAUGGGCGGAUCUUAUCUCAGCGCUGGGCAAACUCAACAAGGUACUUCAAAACAAUGCCAAGUACCAGGUUGUGCCUAAGAAGCUGACGAUUGGCAAACGUCUGGCGCAAUGCCUUCACCCAGCUCUGCCCAGUGGGGUGCACCGCAAAGCCUUGGAGUCGUAUGAGAUCAUCUUCAAGAUCAUCGGUCCCAAACGGCUGGCCAAGGACCUGUUUCUAUACAGCUCCGGGCUCUUCCCUUUGCUGUCAAAUGCUGCUAUGUCAGUGAAGCCAGUACUUUUGGGACUGUAUGAGACCUACUACUUGCCUUUAGGGAAAACUCUCAAACCAGGUUUGCAAGGGCUUUUGACCGGGGUACUUCCAGGUCUGGAGGAGGGCUCUGAAUAUUAUGACAGGACCAAUACCUUACUGGAGAAAGUGGCUGCGGCCGUGGAGCAGCCGGCAUUCUACAGUGCAUUAUGGGGCAGCAUUUUGACCAGCCCUGCCGUGCGUUUACCUGGAGUUACCUUCGUCCUAAUGCACCUCAACCGCAAACUCUCCAUGGAGGACCAGCUCUACGUCAUGGGCAGCGAUAUUGAGUUGAUGGUAGAGGCAGUUAGUGUGUCUGUCCAGGAUGCCAGCGUUCUGGUUCAGAGGAGCACACUGGACCUGAUCCUGUUCUGCUUUCCUUUUCACAUGAGUCAGGCUACCCGUCCGGACAUGAUUCGGAUCUUAUCGGCGGCGCUGCAUGUUGUUCUGAGGCGAGACAUGUCACUGAACCGAAGACUAUACGCCUGGCUUCUGGGUUUUGAUAACAACGGCACGGUGGUAGGACCACGCAGCACUCGCCAUAGCAACCCUGAGGAGCAUGCGACUCACUAUUUUAACAGUUACUCUAAGGACAUGCUGGUCCAGGCUAUGGUUGGCAUCCUGCAGGGGAAAGCGCGCGGUGGAGAGGAAGAGAGCAUUCUCAUGCAUGACCUGAAACCGUUCCGCAUCCUCAUCAGUCUGUUGGACAAACCGGAACUUGGCCCGGCCAUUUUAGAGGAUGUUCUGAUCGAGGUGUUCCGUACGCUACACACUCAGUGCAAAGCUGAACUGGACCUUCAGAACCAGAACCCGUUUAGUAAGGACCAUACACAACUCAGCAGCAAACUGCGAGAGAACAAAAAAACAGCCGAGCUCAUCAAAACAGCGAAUCUCCUUUUUAACUCCUUCGAGCCGUACUACAUGUGGGACUACAUUUCCAGAUGGUUUGAAGAGUGCUGCAGGCGCACCCAGAACAGUCACCCACAUGCCCCAGGGCAUGCUGGGAACGCAGAGGCCUCAGCGCUAUCACUGCUAGAGUUCUGUCAGCUAGUGGACUUCCUAUUGGACAUUGUGUCCCUGCCCACUAGAAGUAUGAGGGUAAUCUGUCAGGAGACGUACAUAGAGAUCCAGACGGAGCACCUGCCCCAGCUGCUGCUGCGGAUGGUGUCUGCCCUCACGGCCCAUCUGCAGAGUCUGGGUUUGGCAGAACUCACACACUGCCUGCGCCUCUGCUCCAAGAUCCUGAGCAAGGUCCAGCCGCCACUGGUGUCCCCUUUGGCUCUCCCCCAAGUUCCUUCCACCAACGCCAACACCAACACAAACACCCCACCGGCCAGGGACAAGGAAGAACAGCGGCCCCUCCCAGCCACUCCGGAGCCCCUUAGUGAGGUGUUUGAGGAUGGUGAGAACCCCCCCAGCAACAAAUCCUCAGACGGCGGCUUCACCGAUUUCAUCCAGUACCAGGCUGAGCGUGGGGAACAGCCCGGGCGAGCCCAGCCGGCCGGAACCGAGGCAGGCAGCCCAGAGGACGUUCCCGUCCAGCAUAAACAUAAACCCGGACACGCGGGCUCAGGGCCAGCCCACAGUAAGACUCAGGACAAGCCUGUGAUGCAGUGCUGCCUGGAACACGUCCAGCAGUUCCUAUCUCGUCUGGUGACCCUGCACAUUGUACCGGGGGGUAGACCCGAAAAGGACCAGGCACCCGGCGCUCGGAUGGACACCUUGCGGGUCGGACUGCUGGUACCAGAUGGGGCGAGGCUGCAGGGUGGCGAGGAGGAGGAGAGUGACGAGCAGAGAGAGUGUCUGGCGGCCUUCACGGCCGCAUGCCAGCUCUUCCUGGAGUGUUCGAGCUUUCCCGUCUAUAUCGCCGAGGGCAACCUCAAGUCAUCGCCUAUCAGAGAUGAGCCCGAAGACGGUGAAAGUGUCCGUCCGGCUGUUUGGCUGCAGACUCUAAUGGACGCUUGCUGUUCUGCUUGUGACUUCAGCAUUCAAGCCGUGGCCAUCUCUCUGCUCAUGGACCUGGUGGGCCUCACCCAGUCUGUUGCCAUGGUGACAGCUGAGCGAGUGGGCAGCCCCGAUAAUGCCCAGCCUAUGAGUCCCAGCCAGGGCCGUGUUGCCGUGGUGAUCAGGCCACCGCUCACACAGGGGAUCUUGAAGUACAUUGCAGAGAAAACCGAUUUCUUUAAGACUGUGGCUCUGAUUUUGUGGGAGCGGCUGGGCGAGAGAACCCCACAGCAUCACCAACGCAGCGUGGAGCUCUUCUACCAGCUCCACAACCUGGUGCCUUCCUCUAGCAUCUGUGAAGAUGUCAUCAGUCAGCAGCUCAUGCACCGAGACAAGAGGAUCCGUUUGGAGGCCCAUGUGAAGUUCUCAGUGCUUUGGCAUCUUACCAGAGAUCUUAACAUCACCAAAUCGUCCCCUUUCAACCGCACCUUCGACAGGUCUCUCUUCAUCAUGUUGGAUAGCCUGAGUUACUGGGAUGGUUCAACCAGUGCCGUCGGACGGGGGUGGCUAAACCAGGUUCUGCAGAGGCAUGACAUUGCGCGGGUCUUGGUGCCUCUCCUGCUUCUACUGCUGCAUCCCAAAACUCACCGUGUCUCCAUUCAGCGGGUACAGGCCCAGCGCCACUGGGUCCAGGCCUUCCCCAACCCGCCCGAACCAGAACCUUCUGAACCCAUUUAUGUGAAGGACUCCGGUUUCUCUGACAUAAUACAGAUAAUUUUUAUUGUCUUUCUUUCAGAUUACAACCAAUUUUCAGGGCAGGGGCGUGGCAGAAGCCUUCCAUUGGACGAUAUGGAGCCCUUUAGCCUGACAGUCAACCCACUGAGUGACAGUCUAUCACUAAUGAGCCUUAGUAGUGAGAAUCUGCAGCUUUGUGGUGAAUAUCAACCUCCUGACCAGCAGGGGGAGGCUCAGAGCUCAGACUCCAGUGGCUCUCAGUCCUCUACUGUGGACAAUGGAAGCUUUGAGGAGCUUGAGGGUGGAGAUAGUACUGUGAACAUCCCUGACCAAGCACUGAUCAAUUGUAACAGCACUUUGGAGGUGGAAGAGGAGUCCUUGUAUGAGGCUGUCUCAGACAUAGUGGCUGAACUGGUGAAUCAGGUGGUGCAGAUAGUUGAAGAGGAAUCUGCUGUAACACCAUCACCCCCUGAGGCUUGGCCUCAGACGGACUCCGACAGCUACAACUCCUCCUCUGACGCGUCCACCGGACCCCGCGUCACUAUACCUUCUUUCUCAGCAUCGCAACCCAGAACACUUCCAGAACUUGUAGCAGGAGGUACACUGGAGUUCCUCUCGGUGACCUCAAGUGAUACCAUGGGCUACGAGGAACCUCGGGAGGGCAUCACUCGACACAGCUCGUCUCCCUCCAUCGUCACGCUGCCGGAUGGCGGGAGCGGCAGCGGGGCGACCGAACAGAACCUCCACGUCGACGACCCGCAGGCUCGCAAACGCAGCCACAGCAGCACUCAGCUCAGCCUGAAGGGUAAGAUCAUGGAGCGGCUGGCCGACAAGUCUCCGGGGGCUAAGCCCAAGAUCAAAAAGGCCAAGCGCAAAGAGGAGGAGCGGCGCAAGGCCAGCCAGGCCGAGAGGAGCCGACCCCCAAGCAUCUUCUUCGGGGACAGCUUAGAUCUGGAAAACUGGUACAGCUGCGGAGAGGGGGAGGUGUCUGAGAUCGAGAGCGAUGUAGGUUCGCCGAGCGGCGGGACCGCUAGCGGAGCGGGCGGCUCUUGCUCUUCUUCCUCGCCUCCUCGCUUCAACAUCCACCCGUUGUACCAACACGUUCUGCUCUACCUGCAGCUGUACGACUCCUCACGGGCCCUCCACGCCCUCUCGGCCAUGGCCGCCAUGCUCCGCGCCGCGCCCGCCAGCUUUGUCAGCGCCAUCUCCACCACCAGCAUCAACAACUCCUACACGCCCCAGCUGUCGCUGCUGCAGAACCUGCUCGCACGCCACCGCGUUUCCGUCAUGGGCAAGGAUUUCUACUGCCCCAUCCCGCAAGACUCUCAUUCGCACUCUUUUCGCAGCGCAAUGUUCCUGGAGAUCAUCAUCUCCCUCUGCCUUUACUACUUGCGGAGCUACUACUCGGCGCACGUGGCGGCAACUUCUCAGGACCUGGCAGGAAACCGUGCCAUGCAGCUGACCAGCGUUGAGGUACUGACUCUGCUCUUCAGCGAACUGGUCAAAGUCACGGGGGGCUCUGCCAAGGGCUUCGCCAGUUUCAUCUCCGACGUCCUGUCCAAAUGCAAGGUGCAAAAGGUGGUGCUGCACUGCCUGCUGUCCACCAUUUUCAGUGCUCAGAAAUGGCAUGAACAACGGAUGAGGGGAACCAAUGUUGGUGUGGUUGAGGAGGGCCUGUCGGAGGACAGCGUCAUCAACCUGUCGGAGGACCAGUUGGACAGCUGUAGCGCGGUGCAGUCUCAGCUGCUUCGUCUGCUGCAGAGUCUGGUGGUGCUGGAGCACCAUGUCCUGAUACCUUCUGAGGAAGGAGGCUUUGAGAUCCUAGGAGGUGAAGUGGAGCAUGUGAACCCACAGCAGCCAAUGACGUCGCUCCAGUACUUACAUGGACAGCCUAUCACGGCCCAGGGCAUGUUCCUGUGCGCUGUUAUUCGGGCGUUACAUCAGCACCAUGCCUGCAAGAUGCACCCACAAUGGAUUGGCCUGAUCACCGCCACUUUACCAUAUAUGGGCAAAGUAUUGCGCCGUGUGGUUGCCUCGGUAACGCUGCAGCUUUGCAGAAACCUUGACAACCUCAUUCAGCAGUACCGGUAUGAGACUGCCCUCAUUGAAACCAGGCCCCAGUGGAUAGCAUUGUGUAUUCCUCCUGACCUGAUUCUUACGAUGCUGGAGGGAGUCACAGCUAUUAUCCAUUACUGUCUCCUGGACCCCACUUCCCAGUAUCACCAGCUCCAGGUGAGCGUGGAUCAGAAGCACCUCGCUGAAGCUCGUCUUGGGAUCCUCUCCAUCCUGCACACCAUCAUGUCCUCUGUCACCUUGCUGUGGAGCGUGUUGUACCUGGCGGACUGCUCCGACAGGCCCGCCGCCGCCUCGGCUUGCUCCACCUCCAACAUCAACCUGGGCUCCACCAAGAAUCUCCGACAGCAGAUUCUGGAGCUGCUGGGUCCAAUCUCCAUGAACCAUGGGGCUCACUUCAUGGCCGCCAUCGCUUAUGUCUGGAAUGAGAGGAAGCAGGUCAAAACACCGGCCAGGAACAAGGUGAUUCCCACAGCCAGCGAGGAGCAACUUCUCCUGGUGGAAUUGGUGCGUUCGGUUAGCGCCAUGCGAACUGAGACAGUCAUUCAAACGGUGAAGGAGGUUCUGAAGCAGCCUCCUGCCAUAGCCAAAGAGAAGAAGCACCUGUCCUUGGAAGUGUGCAUGCUACAGUUUUUCUACGCCUACGUACAGAGGAUCCCUGUAUCCAAUCUGGUGGAUAGUUGGCCGUCUCUGCUCGCACUGCUGAAGGACUCUGUUCAGCUGGGUCUGCCUGCUCCAGGACAGUUCCUCAUAUUAGGUGUUCUAAAUGAGUUUAUUCUGAAAAACCCCAACCUGGAAAGCAAGAAAGACCAGCGAGAACUGCAGGAUGUGACCCACAAGAUCGUGGAGGCAAUCGGUACCAUUGCCGGCUCCUCCUUGGAGCAGACGACGUGGCUGAGGAGGAACCUGGAGGUGAAAGCUUCUCCUCAGAUUGUGGUGGAUGGUGCUAGCCUGGAGGCUGACGUGGAGGAUCUAAUGCUCACAGUGAUGGAGGCCUCCAGUUUUACUCCAUCCUUAUACAGCGUACACGCCCUCACCCUGCUGGCGGAGGUGCUUGCCCAUCUCUUGGACAUGGUCUUCUACAGCGAUGAGAAAGAGAGAGUUAUUCCCCUUUUGGUCAACAUCAUGCACUAUGUUGUUCCCUACCUCCGUAAUCACAGUGCUCACAACGCACCCAGUUAUCGUGCAUGUAUCCAGCUACUGAGCAGCCUCAGUGGAUAUCAGUACACACGCCGGGCAUGGAAGAAAGAGGCUUUUGACCUCUUCAUGGACCACACCUUCUUCCAGAUGGACUCCUCCUGUGUCAGUCACUGGAGAGCAAUCAUUGACCACCUGAUGACCCAUGAUAAGACCACAUUUCGUGACCUCAUGACUCGCGUGGCUGUAGCUCAGAGCAGCUCUCUGAACCUCUUCACCAAUCGAGAUGCGGAGUUGGAGCAGAGAGCCAUGCUCCUUAAAAGACUGGCCUUCACCAUAUAUAGCAGUGAGGUGGACCAGUAUCAGAAAUACCUUCCAGAUAUCCAGGAGCGGCUAGUGGAGAGCCUGCGUUUGCCUCAGGUGCCCAUCCUCCAUGCUCAGGUGUUCCUGUUCUUUAGAGUGCUGCUUCUGCGCAUGUCUCCACAACAUCUGACCUCCCUUUGGCCCACCAUGAUCACUGAGCUGGUUCAAGUUUUCCUACUAAUGGAACAGGAGCUCAUAGCAGAUGAGGACAUUACAAGGACGUCAGGACCAUCGGUGGCAGGACUUGAGACCACUUACUCAGGGGGCAAUGGUUUCUCUACCUCCUAUAACAGCCAACGAUGGCUCAACCUCUAUCUGUCUGCCUGCAAGCUGCUGGACCUGGCCCUUGCCCUACCCUCAGAGAGCCUGCCUCAGUUUCAAAUGUAUCGAUGGGCAUUUGUCCCCGAAGCGUCAGAUGAUUCGGGUCUGGAGGUGCGAAGGCAAGGGACACAUCAGAGAGAGUUCAAGCCCUACGUUGUCAGGCUGGCCAAACUUCUGAGAAAAAGAGCUAAGAAAAACCCAGAAGAGGACUGUGCGACUCGUACCUUGUCCUGGGAACCUGGACAUCUAAUGCUGACACUGUAUGUGAUUCGAAGCAUGGAGCAGCUUCUCCCGUUCUUCAACCUGCUAAGCCAGGCGUUCAACAGCAAGGCCAGCAGCCGCUGCGGCUCCGCCCACACCUUAUCCCCGACCGAAGGCCCCUUCCCCGGCAAAGACGGCAAACUGGAGAGCCAGAAAGUGUUUUGGAGCCGAGCGAGACAAAACAUUGAGGAGAUGGUGGAGAAAGACUUUCUUGAGGGCCUCAUCAAGACGUGACCAGGCAAAGGCGAUGAGAAGUCAAAAUGAACUGGACUGUCCGUUAAAAAACAAAAAACAAAAACAAAAACAAAAAAAACCCUAACACCUCACCUUUUUAAAAGGACUAAACAUAAAAAAGAGGGAACUACACAAGUUUGUACAU